GGCUGGCCCUGAUUUUGCUCCUGCGGGAACCAGGCAUGUGCUGAUGAGCUGGCUAUGAAUUCUGCAGUCUCCUCUGGAAGCCACUGUGCCAGGAGUGAGAUGCUGCGGCGGCGAACCCGGGAAGAAGACAGCAUGGUGCUGAUCGACAUGGCCUCCCCGGAAGCAGGGAAUGACUGCUCUUACGGAAGCACAGCCCAAGCCUCAGAGGCAGAUAAACAGCAGGUGGUCCCCAGCAGAGUUGGGAGCUAUGCCAAACCCCCAAUUGAUUUUGUUCUUGUUUGGGAAGAAGACCUUGGUAGGAACCAAGAGAGCCCUACCCAGGACAAAGACACACAUGAGGUCUGGCGGGAGACCUUUCUGGAAAAUCUUCGUAUGGCUGGCCUGAAUAUAGAUCAGCAUGAUGUCCAGGAUGAGGCCACUGCAGUACAUUACAUCCUCCUCAAUGCACCCUGGGCUGUUCUCUGCUACUAUGCAGAAGACCUGCGCCUGAAGCUGCCUCUGCAGGAGCUACCCAAUCAGGCCUCCAACUGGUCAGCCACUCUUCUGGAGUGGCUGGGCAUCCCCAAUAUCCUGCUGGAGGAAGUGCCUGACACGCCCCCGGAGUGCUACUCCUGCCACUUCAAAGCAAGCAAGCUGCAAUGGUUCCUUGGGAGUGACAAUCAGGACACCUUCUUCACCAGCACCAAAAGGCACCAGAUUCUGUUUGAAAUCUUGGCCAAGACUCGCUAUGGCCACAAGAAGAAAGGCUUGUUUGGGGUUGACCAGCUGCUGGCGGAGGGUGUCUUCAGCGCAGCCUUCCCCCUGCAUGAUGGCCCAUUCUCUGCAACCCCAGAGAGCUCACAGGUCCCCGGGCUCACCCAGCGCCAAGUCUUAUUCCAGCACUGGGCUCGCUGGGGCAAAUGGAGCAAGUACCAGCCACUGGACCAUGUGCGCAAGUACUUCGGUGAGAAGGUGGCUCUCUACUUCGCCUGGCUUGGGUUUUACACUGGUUGGCUCCUGCCUGCAGCAGUGGUGGGCACAGUGGUGUUCCUGGUGGGCUGUUUCCUGGUGUUCUCAGAUGUACCAACGCAGGAGCUGUGCGACAGUUCGGAUGGCUUUGACAUGUGCCCACUCUGCUCUGACUGUUCUUUUUGGCUGCUCUCCAGUGCCUGCACCCUGGCCCAGGCAGGGCGGCUCUUUGACCACGGUGGCACUGUUUUCUUCAGUUUGUUCAUGGCCCUGUGGGCGGUGCUGCUUCUGGAGUACUGGAAGCGGAAAAACGCCACAUUGGCCUACCGCUGGGACUGCUCUGACUAUGAGGACAUUGAGGAGAGGCCUAGGCCCCAGUUCGCUGCAAUGGCCCCUAUGACAGCCCUGAAUCCCAUCACUGGUGAAGAUGAGCCCUACUUUCCUGAGAAGUGUCGUGUACGCCGCAUGCUGGCUGGCUCUGUGGUGCUCCUGAUGAUGGUGGCUGUGGUGAUUAUGUGCCUUGUGUCUAUCAUCCUGUACCGGGCUGUCAUGGCUGUAAUUGUGUCCAAGUCAGACAACACCUUUCUCUCAGCCUGGGCUCCACGAAUUGCCAGCUUCACAGGGUCAAUGGUGAACCUUGUCUUCAUCCUCAUCCUCUCCAAGGCCUAUGUGGUCCUGGCUCAGGUCCUGACAAGAUGGGAGAUGCACCGGACACAGACCGCAUUUGAGGACGCCUUCACCCUCAAGGUGUUCAUCUUCCAGUUUGUCAACUUCUAUGCCUCACCUGUAUACAUCGCCUUCUUCAAGGGUAGGUUUGUGGGAUACCCAGGCAACUACCACACCUUGUUUGGAGUCCGAAAUGAGGAGUGUCCAGCUGGAGGCUGUCUCAUCGAGCUGGCACAGGAACUCCUGGUCAUCAUGGUGGGCAAGCAGGUCAUCAACAACGUGCAGGAGGUCCUUGUCCCAAAGCUGAAAGGCUGCUGGCAGAAAUUGUACUGCAGGAGGAAGAAGGCUGGCAUAGGGACCCACCCAGCACGUUGGGAGGCUGACUAUGAGUUGCUGCCCUGUGAGGGGCUGUUUCAUGAAUACCUUGAAAUGGUGCUGCAGUUUGGGUUCGUCACCAUCUUCGUGGCCGCCUGCCCGCUGGCGCCGCUUUUUGCCCUGCUCAACAACUGGGUGGAGAUCCGCCUGGACGCGCGCAAGUUCGUGUGCGAGUACCGACGUCCCGUGGCCGAGCGCGCCCAGGACAUCGGCAUCUGGUUUCACAUCCUAGCGGGCCUCACACACCUCGCGGUCAUCAGCAAUGCCUUCCUGCUGGCCUUCUCCUCUGACUUCCUGCCGCGUGCCUACUACCGCUGGACUCGCGCCACUGACCUGCGCGGCUUCCUCAAUUUUACGCUGGCGCACGCGCCACCCACCUUCACCGCUGAGCACAACCGUACUUGCAGAUACCGGGCUUUCCGGGAUGAGGAGGGACACUAUUCCCCGACUUACUGGACUCUCCUCGCCAUUCGCCUGGCCUUUGUCAUCGUGUUUGAGCACGUGGUGUUCUCCAUUGGCCGGUUUCUGGAUCUCCUGGUUCCUGAUGUCCCAGAGUCUGUGGAGAUCAAGGUGAAGCGGGAAUACUACUUAGCUAAACAGGCACUGGCUGAGAAUGAGGCUCUCCUUGGAGCAACAGGAGUGAAGGAUGACCAGUCUCCAAGCUCAGAGCCCAGUCUGGGCCCUCCAACCUAGGGUCUUAGCACUGGUGACCUCCUAUCCUUCUCUGAGGUCACAUUAGGGAUUACCGGAGGCUGACACACUUGCUUGGAAGACUGUUGAAGAUGCUCCAGGUUACAGUACCAUGUGUUCUUAGAGACCAUGGCUUUGUUCCUGGCUCCAGCUCAACUUGUCCUCCACCCUUGGCUGCCACAGUCCUCUGCUCACACAUUCUGCUUUGUCACUAACCCUGCAAGAUGUUCCAAGACUCCAGCGGAGCAGCAGUGUUUAAAGAUACAUCUGUUAGCCUUAGGGGGCUAUCCCUUACUGCCAUUCCAAAGUUCCAUGAGCCAAUGAUUCAUCUCCCUAUAUCUCAAAAGCAAAAGGGCUGUCUGAAAUGUUGGCUUCUGUGGCUCUCAUUUUUGCUGACUGUUGUACUUAGAGAGCAUCUGUCCUUCCUUCACCUCCGCCAUGACUUUCCUGUUCCUAAACCAAGGGCUAGGUGUCUUCUGUAUGUAUUCCUGAUUCCUAGUGAUAAGGAAGUGGCUUCACAUAUGGCUCCCAACCUAUCCCAAGGCAUAACCCUUCUGCCAAUUGAGCAAGUUAAGACUCUGGGGUCCCUGCCUUCUCAGGGCUCUGCUUAUUUAUUUUGUAGCAUUCCUUGUGGUAGUGUAGGGUCAGAUCACCCCUCCAGAACCACCCCCAACUACCUUUCCUCACAUGGUCACUACCAGGCACUCAGGCACACUACCAUGGCUCUCAGACCUGAUACCACAUCCUAGGCCAUGGGAGGACGUCCCCUUACCUCUUCUUUCAAACCUAAUCACCCAAAGCCUAUCUCAUGAGUUCUCUCCUAUCUCGGCCUCUUUACCCAGAUAGAUGAAGAGCCUCUGUAGCACUCUAGUGCUGGGCCAGACUCAGCACACAGUAAGCAGUAAAGGGGAAAGGCUGUGGAUAAAGCCUUACCCUUAUAGUGGAAACAGAAACAAAAAGAUUUAUGUGACAUAUUCCCUCCUGCCCCACCCUUUUUUUUCCCCGUGUUUACAUACAAUUGCUUCUCAAACUGGGUUAGCUGUUGCCUUGUUAGCUGGGUUAACUGAUGGUUAACUGCCAUUUCCUAACUUGGCUGCCCACUCAUGAUGGGAUAUGGGCCUUUCCUCCACUUCUGUCAUUCAGCCAUGCUAGAAUAAAGGUCUGAAAGUAA